GAGAGCGCGCCGCUCCUCCCCAGCAGCUCGUUAAUUGAAUAAUUAGCCCGGAGGACACACUCUACGCUUCGCUGCAGGAUCUCUUUCCUCCCCCUUCCCCCGGCUCCUCUGGAAGAUGUUGCUCUCUAAGUUUGGCUCCCUCGCUCACAUUUGCAACCCCACCAGCAUGGAUCACUUGCCGGUGAAAAUCCUCCAGCCAGCGAAAUCGGAGAAGGAACCCUUCGAUAAAGUCUACCAGGUGGGCUCCGUGCUGGGCAGCGGGGGCUUCGGCACGGUGUACGCGGGGACCAGGAUAGCAGACGGCUUGCCGGUGGCCGUGAAACAUGUGGUGAAGGAGCGGGUCACCGAGUGGGGCACCAUUCCUGCCGGAGCGAUGGUGCCCUUGGAGAUCGUGCUGCUGAAGAAGGUGGGCUCCGGCUUUAGAGGGGUCAUCAAGCUGCUGGACUGGUACGAGCGGCCCGACGGCUACCUCAUCAUCAUGGAGCGGCCCGAGCUGGUGAAGGAUCUCUUCGACUUCAUCACCGAGAAGGGGGCCCUGGACGAGGAGACGGCCCGGGGCUUCUUCCGGCAGGUCCUGGAGGCGGUGCGCCACUGCUACACCUGCGGCGUGGUGCACAGGGACAUCAAGGACGAGAACCUGCUGGUGGAUCUCAGGACAGGCGAGCUCAAGCUGAUCGACUUCGGCUCCGGAGCCAUCCUUAAGGACACUGUCUACACCGACUUCGAUGGAACAAGAGUGUACAGUCCUCCAGAAUGGAUCCGAUACCACAGAUACCAUGGGAGGUCAGCAACAGUGUGGUCCUUGGGAGUGCUUCUGUUUGAUAUGGUUUGUGGAGACAUCCCCUUUGAACAAGAUGAAGAGAUCUUGAGAGGACGGUUAUACUUCAGGAGACGAAUAUCACCUGAAUGUCAGCAGCUGAUCAAAUGGUGCCUUUCACUGAGGCCUUCAGACAGACCAACACUUGAACAAAUUUUUGACCAUGCAUGGAUGCACAAAUCUGAAGUAGUGAAGUCUGAGGACUGUGACAUAAGGCUUCGGACCCUUGAUACUGAUGUAUCUAGCACAAGUUCAAGUAAUGAGAGUCUGUGAAACACUAAGGACCUCGCAAUGGGCGGGGAGCUACAAGCAGAAAGACCACAGUGCUGCUGCCAAUACGUAGGAGGGGCUAGAAAAAUGCAUUCAUUAUUCUGUAGUUGAAUCUUUGUCUGAGGGACUUGAUUUUAUUUUCCCUUUUUGCUGGUUUCUGCUUUGGAAUGAGAAAUUUCCUUUGGAAACGCUGAUGUUUGGGAGUUGCAGGCCAGUACUUAGUCAAAAGACUGACCUUAUUAAGAAAGCAGUGACCUCUUAAAUACAUGGUAAACUUUUUUGCUCUCAUAGAGCCUGGACUAGAUUUUUAUUUGCUUUUGAGUGCCUUUUUGAAAGCUGCUUCAGUGGGACUUUCUUUUUUGAGCUGUGUAUGUCCAAAGAAGAUCCAGUUCAUUAUAGGAUUUUGCUCCCUUUAGACUGAGUGCUGGAGGAAGCAGCUCCUAUGAUGCAUUGGAGAACAUGUUCGGUGAUUGAAUGAAGUAGUCCCAUCCACUGGCGAUGGAAUACUUGAACACAGACAUUUCACUCCUUCCAGUCCCCGUCCCGCCCCCAACCCACCUCUGCUGCUCCAAAAUAUUUCCUAUACCCUGCAUACAAAUAUGAACAGGUAUAUCCGCUUUUUUUUUUUUUUUUUUAAAUCGGGAACAUUCACUCUUGUUUUCUUUUAUCAUCUCUACCACUGGGCAUGCGAAGCCCCUUUCUCAAUCCCGCCCUCCCUCCACCCAUCUCCUUUUGUCAAUCUGCGAGUCUUAAAGUAUGUAUGGGCAUGUUAAAUGCACAAUCAAUGCAAUAUUCAAGGACUUUACUUUUUUCCAUACCUGUAUAAUGUGUUUAUGUAAAUUUGGUUUUCCCAUGUAUUAUACAGGGUUUUUUUUUUUUUUUUUGGUUUUUUUUUUAUUUAUUUGUUUGAAGUUUUAGAAGACCUCCCACAGUUUCAACUGUGGCUAUUUAUUUGCUUAAUUUAUUUGGUUAGAGUUCUAUUCAACACUGCUUUCCCCCUUCCCCAUGGGAAUUCUAGUGGUUUGCCCAUGACACUCUUUUCUGCAUUCCUGUUAACUUUUGUUUAAAAAAACAAAACAAUUUUUUUCUGACCUUACCAGUUUCUGUUGGAAGAUGGAAAAUGUUGUACAAAGUCUAAUUUAAGGGAAAUAGAAUGACUUUAAAGUUUAGUAUGCCUUUGUCUGGUAUUCUACCAGUAAUGUAAAGUAAUGCUAUUUGGAAGGGUUUUAAAUUAUUGACAUUGUACAGUCUUUGUGUAUUGGCUCUGGAAGGUAGGGUGGCAGAGUCAUAAACAUUAAUUUAUUUUAAUAGCUGUGUUUCUGUGUUCUGGUUGCAUUUGUGCAGCUUGGAUUUGGAUUUUUUUUUCUUCUGUUUAACAGUGUGAAAUGUAUGGAGAUCAUAUUUUUUAUACAGGUAUUUCAAUUAAACUUUUUUUGUAUAUAACA